AUGCUAGAAGUGAAGUGGGCGCGGGGCCGGAGGAGGGCCAGCGGGCGGGGUGCGGCGGGGAAGCGGGCACGGGCUGCGAGGGGCUGCCCCGGGGGCGGGAGGCGGCCCCGCCCGGGCCGUGGGGCAGCCCAGGAAAGCGGCGGGCGGCGGGCGGCGCGGGCAGAGCGCAGCGGCUGCGGCGGCAGGGAUGGGGAUGCUCAGCCUGCCCGGCUUUCUGUCCUGCGGGAAGAAGAAGGGAUCAGCUGGACUGGCAGCGCAACUAGCUGUGCCCAUCCUGUCUGGGUGAUCAGCCACACCAAGGACUUCAGUUUUGGAAAUGAAAAAGAUGCCCACGAGAGCGAUGAGAACUUGGAGCGUGGCAACUGGUCAAACAAGGGCGACUACCUGCUGUCCUUGGUGGGCUAUGCCGUGGGCCUGGGCAACGUCUGGCGCUUUCCCUACCUCACCUACCAGAAUGGAGGAGGUGCUUUUCUAAUCCCCUACACCCUCAUGUUGGCGUUAGCUGGCUUGCCCUUAUUUUUCAUGGAAUGUUCCCUUGGGCAGUUUGCCAGUCUAGGGCCAGUUUCCGUCUGGAGAAUGCUACCAUUGUUUCAAGGAGUGGGCAUCACAAUGGUCGUCAUCUCAACAUUUGUGACUAUUUACUACAACGUUAUCAUUGCUUAUGCACUCUACUACUUAUUUGCCUCAUUUCAAAAAGUGCUGCCAUGGUCAGACUGCUUCUCCUGGGCAGAUGAAUUAUGCAGCAAGACACAAAUAGUAAAUGACUGCAACACAACCUUGAAUGGGGAAAUAAUUCGUGCAAACUACUCAUUCAUCGCGGGCAACAAUCUCACGUGUAUAAAUGGCACCAUAAACUACAAACCAGUGCAAUUUCCCAGUGAGCAAUACUGGAACAAAGUGACUCUGCAGCGCUCGAGUGGGCUGGACGAGACCGGCAAGAUCGUCUGGUACCUGGCUCUCUGCCUCCUCCUGUCCUGGAUGAUUGUUGGAGCUGCCCUGUUUAAAGGAAUCAAAUCUUCUGGAAAGGUUGUCUACUUUACUGCGCUCUUCCCAUAUGUCAUCCUGCUCAUCCUGUUGGUGCGAGGGGCCACCCUGGAAGGUGCUUUGGAUGGCAUUGAGUACUACAUUGGGAGACAGUCCAACAUCACCAAGCUGAUGGAGGCAGAGGUUUGGAAAGAUGCAGCCACUCAGAUAUUUUACUCCCUGUCCGUGGCGUGGGGCGGGCUUGUUGCUUUGUCUUCAUACAACAAGUUCCACAACAACUGCUACUCAGAUGCCAUUCUAGUUUGUGUGACCAACUGUGCCACCAGUGUAUUUGCUGGGUUUGCAAUAUUCUCCAUCCUGGGACAUAUGGCAUUUGUGUCUCAGAGGCCUGUCUCAGAGGUGGUGGACUCAGGGUUUGAACUGGCCUUUGUAGCUUACCCAGAGGCUCUCUCCCAGCUACCAGCUUCUCCUCUGUGGUCCUUCUUGUUUUUCUUCAUGCUUGUGCUUUUGGGCCUUGACUCCCAGUUUGCCACCAUAGAAACACUUACAACCACCAUUCAAGAUAUAAAUCCCAGAGUGAUGAAAAAAUUAAGAGUACCUGUAACCCUGGGUCUGUGUGCAGCAUUCUUUUUUCUUGGGCUUAUCUGUGUUACUCAGGCAGGAAUUUACUGGGUUAACCUAAUAGAUCACUUCUGUGCUGGAUGGGGAAUCCUUAUUUCAGCUGUCCUGGAGAUAGUAGGCAUUGUCUACAUUUACGGAGGAAAAAGAUUCAUUGAAGACAUUGAAAUGAUGAUUGGAAAGAAGAGCAGUUUAUUCUGGCUGUGGUGGAAAAUGUGCUGGUUUUUCAUCACUCCUGUGCUGUUAAUGGCUAUUUUGAUCUGGUCUUUGAUCACAUUUUCAAACCCCACUUAUGGCUCAGUGUUAUACCCAACCUGGGGAAGUGCUGUUGGCUGGUGCAUGAUCAUCUUCUGUGUCAUCUGGAUUCCCAUUGUUGCUAUUGUAAAAAUACUUAAAGCUGAAGGAAACCUUGUUCAGCGCAUUGUCAGCUGCUGCCAGCCUGCAGCAAACUGGGGCCCCUACCUGGAGCGUCACCGGGGAGAGCGAUACAGCCACAUCGUGGAUCCCAAGACGACAAAGGAGCACGAGAUUCCCACUGUGUCUGCCAUCAUAUACAAGCGAUAUUGA